CAAAACCAUGGGCGAUUAUAAAUAUCUUUUGGCCGCUGGUACCUACAUAAGCCCAGAAGUAGCCAAAUUCCUUCGCAAAUCGUCACCCGGUCUUUUUUUAACUCAUAAUAUACCAUUUUUACGCUUCCAAUGGCGUCCCGGCACGAGGUCGAAGUGAAGCUCUCCUCCGCCAAGGACCUCAAGAACGUCAAUUGGCGACACGGUCCGCUCAGGCCCUACGCUGUCCUUUGGGUGGACCCCAAUAACAAGUGCUCCUCUAGAGUCGACCAGAACGGCGACACGUGUCCAACCUGGGACGAGACCAUCGUCAUCCCUCUACCUGGACCGGUCGACGACAAAACCACUCUUUUCAUUGACGUCGUCCACGCCGGUUCCGAACCCGACACCAAGCCGCUGAUCGGCUCGGCUCAGCUCCGUCUUCGUGACGUUCUCGAGGAGGUCGGCAUCGGCGAGAAAUCCAGCCGGAGUCUUAAGCUCAAACGGCCUUCCGGCAGGCCACAAGGUAAGUUAGAAGUUAACGUUACGAUCAGAGACCCUUACCAUCGUGCGCCUGAUGCGUACUACGCACCACCUCCGUAUGGGGUCCCACCGCCAGGUGCUCAGCCAUCCUACGGUGCACCGUACGGAGGAGCAGCACGCGAUCCUUAUUACGCGGCGGGCCCACCGUCUGGGUACCCAGCAUACAAUGCUUACAAUGCGCCACCGAAUCCUUACGGUUAUGGUCAGGCAGGUUACGGGCAGGUUUCUUACGGCGAACCGGUGUAUGUGGAGGAGAAGAAGAAAAGCAAGUUCGGUGGGAUGGGGACCGGAUUGGCUGUGGGUGCUGCGGCAGGAGUCCUCGGUGGAGUCGCAUUAGCGGAAGGUGCUGAUUACGUGGAGGACAAGAUUGAUGAUGAAGUUGAAGAAAGAGUGGAUGAGGAUCUUGGAUUUGAUGAGUGAUUGGCUGUUGUCGAAUGUUAAUGUGGGACCCCUUACAAUUUCCUUUUGUUUGUGCGUGUGUUUUACUGUUGGACUUGGAUAGUGGCGUGCGGGCACUCUAUAUUCUACAUGCUUCUCGAUGUCAUCCUGUAGAUUUCAACUUAAUCAAUACACCAAUUUAAUGUUUUGCCUAAUA